CCGCGUGAACACGCGAUCUGCCACGCUGAAGUCGCUACGUACGUCACACGCGAAGUUAUUACUUAACGCCGGUUCAUAGAAUUAUGUUAUAGUGCUUUAUCGGACUCUCUCUCGUUGAUAGUUCGUGAAAUCAUUUGCGAUGGCUCUUCACCUCGAGACUGCACUGCAGCGCAAGCUGAACUUCAAGAUGACCACGAGCACCGGCGGCUGUAGAUCGGCGAGCAGCGCGGGCGCGGGCGCCGUGACGGUCGCGAGCGCGGGCGCGGGCGCAGGCGCGGGCGCGUGCGCGGCGCGCAUGGCAAGCGCGGGGGCGCAGUACCGCGGCGGCGCGCAGCAGUGGGCCGCGGCCUAUGCGCCGCAGCCCUGCCGCUACCCGCCGCCACAGCCGCAGUCUUACGCAGCGGCGCCGAGCCCAUACACCCAGCACCAGUAUACGGGCGCUGGCAUGGGCGGCGGGUGCGGCGGCACGGGCGGGCGCGUGCCCACGGCGGCGUCGCCCGCCAACACGGCGUCCUCGUCGUCGUCCAACACGGGCUCGGCGGGCGGCACGCGCUCCACCAGCCUGAGCACGGCGCCGCCGCCGCCGGCCUCCUCCGCCUCCACCACGGGCGCGUUGGGCGAGCAGCUCAGCCGCACCAACCUCUACAUCCGAGGCCUCAGCCAGAACACCACCGAUAAGGACCUCGUUUCCAUGUGCCAGAUGUAUGGCAACAUUAUUUCAACUAAAGCAAUAUUGGAUAAAAAUACGAAUAAAUGUAAAGGUUACGGUUUUGUAGAUUUUGAAACAAUCGCAUCGGCGGAGGCUGCUGUUAAAGGAUUACAAGCCAAAGGUGUUCAGGCCCAGAUGGCUAAAGUGGGUAUCUGGUUCCUGCGUAGACUGAACCGUCAACAAGAGCAGGACCCAACCAACCUGUACAUGGCGAACCUGCCGCCGCACUUCAAGGAGAAUGAUGUGGACCAACUGCUCGCCAAGUUCGGGCAGGUCGUAUCCACGCGGAUCCUGCGCGACACCCAUGGCCAAAGCAAAGGCGUCGGCUUUGCCCGGAUGGAGUCCAGGGAGAAGUGCGAGCAGAUCAUUCAAAUGUUCAACGGUAACCCGAUCCCGGGUGCUAAGGAGCCUCUACUAGUUAAGUUUGCCGACGGCGGCAACAAGAAAAAGGCGCUUUACAACAAACAAGACAACAACGGAAGGGCAUGGCGGGACAACAACGAGUCCAUUACCCAGGUAUGCUUGAAUUUGCAGGCCGCCAUGGCUGUGAGCGGCGUGUACGCCAGCGGCGUGGGCGGCGCGGGAGCUGGCGGUGACUGCGCCGGCGUGUACCGCGGCGGCGGCAGCGUGUAUGGCGUGGCGGCCUUCCACCACCACCCGCAGCUACACCACCACCACCACGCCGCGCACCCGGCCGCUUGGCUCGCGCCCUACGCCGCGCUCAUCCCGCCCGCGCACCCCGCGCACCACGCGGCGCACCCUACGCACCCCCAUAUACCCAUCGACGCUGUGCCUAGCCAAUACGUAAACUGGGACAGCUUAAGGCCGGAAAAUGAGUUAUACUAUUUCACGUCGCACCCGUAUCAGUACUUCGCGGGUCCCACCCCGCCGAUCAUCCAGAUGCCGAUGGAGAGCGAGCACGCGUCCACGGCGGCGUCGCCCGACGAGGCCUACCAGCCGUACCCGCCUCCCAAGUAGACCGUAAGCCACGCUACAACACUACGUGCUGUACACGAGCCAAAAAUCAAAGCAACUGUGACUUUUUACGAUGUUAAUUUGUUUUAGUUUUAAUUUGCGGCCGUUAUAGACUUCAUCGAAAGCUCCGCUGCGCGGCGCCCUCGCCCCGCCGGUGUCUCCUUCUAUCUAGUUGUUAAGCCUAUUUACUUGUUCGCCUCGACUAUUUAUUUUCUCGACGGGCUUCGUAUUUGGCUGGUCCUCUUGGCUUUAUGCUGGACGUUCGAUUUGCUGUGAUGUUUUGAUGAGGUCUUUUGACGGUUCGAGGAGAGGAUUUGAUGUAUAGAUAUAGUUGCAAUUUUAAAAGUGUUUUGCAUUAUAAUUUUAUUAUUGUUUUAUGAAAAUUCAUUAAGAUUUUAGGCGCAGAUUUCGUACAUGUUGACAAGAUUAUUUAAGAUAGUUAGGUAUUUAUUUUAGCAUAGAUGUUUCCAUGCACGGAGGGACAAAUUAAACUUGUCCUCGUUGCAGACAAUUCGGUAACUUUUAUUAUAUUAUUUGAUUGCUUGUGUCAUAUCUAUGAACCGUAACUGUUACGUUACUGUUUGUUUCUGGCGACACAAAAACUACGAACAUCUCUAAAUUAAUAAAAGGUGCAAUCACAAUACAAAAGUGUAUCUUAUAUAUUUAAAUUUUGCAAUCAAUCUUUAGUGUCAUUUUAUUUAAAUUUUAUUUGUUCACAUCGGAGUGUAUGAGGAGAGCAAUAUCUGAGAAUCGGAUAAAGGAUAGAUGGAAAAGGUCAUAUCAUGGAAUCAAAAUUGUAAACAAAACUUGUAAAGAAUAAUGAAAUGAAUUAUGUGUGUAAGGGUUAGUAAUGGUGGGUACACCGAUUAGAUCUUGUACGAUAAAAUGCCGGAGAUUUAGAAUCUACCGAUGAAAGAAGUAAGUAUUUUAAAUACAAUCGUUGAGUCAUUUUAAAGUCGGAUAACAUAAAUUCAGCAGCUCUACGUAGUAAACAUAAAAGUUUCGCUACCGGAGACCUUGGGAGAGUACCUCCCGCCUCUCGGAGCGAACAAGAUCCUAAGUGCGAAUUGUGUACAUUUUAUAUACGUUUAGCAUGGUGCUCUAACUCAUGAUGUUCCCAUUAUAUAUUUGUAUGAAUAUAUAUAAAAACAGUAUUAUUUACCAGAAAUAAUAUUCAUACUGACGCAGUCUUCCAAAGAUCGCUAUAUUCAUUUUGUAUGGCUUAGUGACCCAGCAAGCGCCACGGGAGUGGGCUAUGUGCAAAUGUAAAAUUACCUUCCAACAUCACCAACAUAAUUCUAUACUUGUAAGAGGUACGUUAAUUCCUGUUCGACAGUCGGUUAUUCUUUCGUCACAAGUAGGAUUAUCGUUUUUUCGAACUAAUUUUCUGCAUAUGUAGAUGCGAUAUAAAAGUAAACUUCAAUAACAAUAAUUGUUGCCAAACCCUAACACAGACUGAAUUGAUGUAUACCUACUAGUUCCAAAUAUUUCUGAUCCGCGUUUUGGUUCACACAUAUGCGAGUAGCGCGCGUAGCGACUAGCUAGCGUACACGCACGACCAGCGAUCGUGUACUACGACUACUGAUGGGUAAUGACUUCCAGCGGUGACGUCUGCGCUUAUAUGGCACAACUGUGCUGAUGAUACGGCAACAUUUAGCAAUAAGCAGUUGUAUGUAAAGUCUAUUUAUACAUUUUACGAGUCUAUACAAUUUUUGUACAUUGAAAACACAUGUUUGAAUACGUGAAUAAUGAAAUGAUCCUUUUUUGAGAAUCAUGUACUGAAUCAACUGUAGUUGUUAUUUUGUAGGCGGUCGGCACAUUCCACUAGAAAACUCAAACAAAAAUUCCACGAUUGAUUUCCACAUUAUAAAAUGUAAAUGGAUUUGAAAUCCAAAGUGUAACACCGUUUUGGUGUAAAUGAGCACUUUUUGUACCAUCACGUAGGUUUUGGGUACACUUUAUGACUUUAUAUAAAAUUUGAUAUUUUUAUAUUGAAUAUAUAUAAAUUAUACAUGGAUAUGUAUACAUGUAUAUACAUUGUUGAUGGGUACGAGUAAAAGCCUACUAUAUCGCAACUGUUUAAUUAUAUUUUAACAUGUCAAGUUUCAUCAGAACCAAAGUAUACAAAUCAUUAAAGUCGAGUAAGAAGUAGGAAAAUAUUUAUAAAACUGGACUGAAGACUAGUUAAAUGUUUGAUAUAUUAACUGUAUUUUAACUGAACAUUAAGCGGUAACCUCUUUAUUCAAAACCUGCGACCCGACUUGAUGGAGACAACACAGGAACUGAACUAGCUAACAGCAGGUUUUGAAUGAAUAUCGUAGAUUUUCAAUGAAAAAGUAGAUCUGUACUUGAUUUUUAACAAUCAUUUUAUUUUAUUCAGGAAAAGGCUGAAACUGUACUGUUGUUCCGUAAAGAAUUACUUUUUGAAAUGUACAUACCUACAUUAGCUCACGAGAUUUUCACUAGUUACGUACUUGUAACGUACAGCUAAACAUCUUCCACGUAGAGGCACAACGUCGACUAACUCAAGUGAAGUGUGGACAGACAGAACGCAAACACGUAGGUAGCCCCAGAUAGUAGUUGUAUCAGCUGACUGCCUCCAGUACCUACCGUACGACCGCAAUGAGUUGAACACUACGAAUCGAGCGCAUCGCAUACUCUCCGCGCGCUCUGAUCGAAUAUACAUUCGAAUUAGAGUGACGUCAGAGGUACACGUAUGUAUGGACGAACCUCGAUACUCCGCAGAUCAGUACUCGGACGAUGUCUGAUCAAGCCAAAUUUUAUUGAACUGAAUAAGAACCGCCUUUACUUGUGAAAAUGUAAUAACCAUAAAGUGCAAUGUAGUACCGAGUCGCGUGGUACUUAGUUAAGAUAUGAUCGUUUAGUGUCCCACGUACACUGUGGCUUCCUGUAAAUGCAGUCUUCCGAUAGAUAUUUCCGCUAAACUAUGCAUUUAAAAUUGAUGUCAACGUUUUAAAUAAUAAUUAAAUUCAUUUCACGUUAUUAUGAUCACCCGAGUCUUGGUUGAACGUACCGUUAUAAUAUGAUUUCCUAGCUCUGAUGUUUUAGUUUCAUUCCAAUGGGCAAAUCGUUGUUUCCGUAAAUCGAUUGUAUAAAUCAAAUAUGUAUUUUAGUAUAAACACGUACCAAAACGAGCACACGUAACACUGUUAAGUAUUCAUCUAAGUGACUUGUAGUAUAGAGUGUGGCACGGUCCUGUGUAGAGUAACAGCGGCGAAAGCAAAGUAUUUUAGCACGAAAUUAUUUUUCUAAUGCUUCUCUUCCAUUUAAGCAAUAAUAAAUUAAUUUGAUGGUAGUGCCUUCAGCUUCCUUAAAAGUAAUGAUCUGAUAUGAAUACAGUAUAGCAGUUGCAUGUGCUUUACACAAUAUUUUUACAGGUAAUAGAAAACUUACCGUAUUACAUAAACGUAGUGAUAAUGUAAAAAUAAACUAUGUUUAUAAUAUUUUGUAUUAACAACUUAUUGAAGAUAAUGUGGCUGUCUAAUCGUUGCAUUUUUCACACAUGAUGUAAAAUUUAUUGAAAUCGACAGAAACGUAGAUGUUCCUAGUUAGACUCACUUCUACAUUCUAGACGUGUGUGAUAAGAACCUUACUUUGAGAUUACGGACGAUGAUUUGUUAUACAUAAGUAUAUGUAGUGAGAUCUAAGAACACGUAAGGCGAGCACAAAGAUGCGAUUGGAAAACCAAGUCUUGAUAACCAAAACUAUGUUUCAACAGAGAAUCAUGUCGAAGAAUAGAAAUGUUAAGUAGAUGUUUUUAAAAAUAAGUCAUUUAGAUAUAAGAGAACGCAAAGGAAAGUCGAUACAGUGAAUUGUGAAGCUACGGGCACGAUAACGAAUGAACGGCUAGGAUUAGACCAUAGGCUUAAUUAUAGAUAGGAUAGAAUAGCAAACAAUGUUUCGACGCUAAGAUAGAUAGCAUAGAGCCUUAGAUUUAAUAUAUUUGUGCGGCGAGCGGCGCGGGCGCGCGACUGCCGGCUCUAGGGUAGUUUCCUUUGUUAGUUUAUUAAAUAAUUUAAUUUGAAUGGACUGAAGCCGGCAGCAGCGCGCGCGCGCCGCCGCCUUAGCGUAAGGACGUCUAACAGAAUAGAGAACACAUUCUUGACAUAAGUUUCAGUUGAACAACGUUUGCUUUCACCUCUUUCGUUAUGUAGUUGAGUAAGUGUAAAGAAAGAAAAUUACAUGAAAAAAACGGAAGUGUCGAUACGAAUGUAUUUGUCCAAUGUGUAUUAAUAUAGUGUGGUGUUCUACCCAGCAGACUAGUCUAGACAGUAGCAUAGUAUAGGUAAAUAUUUAGUUAGGUAGUAUUAUAGAAUUAUGAAUGCAAAAAAUAAAAACUUCAUAAAAUGUAAAAAAAAAUGAAAUGAAAUUGUUGGUAAGACAGAUUAUUUUUAAGGGACAUGUUGCUUCGUUGUGUUAUGAUGUGAGGUUUGGCAUAACUAUGAUAAUAGUGUAAAAGCAUUUCUCGCAGAGAAAAGACAAAGGAAAGUGAUGUAUCUAUUUUGUUACAAAGUGUUUGCAAGUUUCUAUAUUGUGCUAUGAGCAUUUUAUGUGACCCGCAUUAUUUAUAGUUAUGCUGAAUGGAAACUAAAAUAUAAUAUAAAUAAAUCAAAAUGGUACUAAGAAGCAUGUUUUAUUGUGACGAGUCAUGUUCCUUUGCAUUGAACAUAUUUUGUAAGAGCAAAAAUGAUUGAAUAAAACAAGCGAAACCAAAUCUA